AUGGCCAAUACAUAUGAAAUAAUGGGAAGAGUUAUCCAACCUCAUCAGUUGGCUGUUGCAACUAUCGGUGCAGUAGCCCUUAUUGCUCUACCUAACCCUUUUGCUUGUAAGAAGGAGAAAGUAGCAGAGAUCAAAGGUAAGUCACCUGAGGAAGACAAAUUUAUUAAAGAAUAUCUGGAAGCGCAUAAACUAAAGUAA